AUGUUAUAUGUACUUACUGUCUGUUACCAGUUAAUUAAACAUUCUUACAUAUCAUCAUUCAAUGUCACAUUACAUCCCAAUAUAGCUGAAGCAUUGAUCACAGCUAAAAAUAAAUGGAAUCCAGAUGAUGUUUCCUAUCUGUGUCGUUGUGAUGCCAACUCAUCGGAUGCUGCUAUCAUGAUACUUCCAACAGAUGAGCCUAAAGAAUGGAUACGUUGGUUAGAAACACCAUGUGGUCGAUUGGAUGAACUAAAAGGUUCAGAUCGAUUGUCUGCAAACCAUUUCCGACUAUUACCUGCAGCCAACUUAUGCAGUACACAAUUCAAUGCUGGCGAUAUGAUAUUUGAAUGUGAAGGUUUACGCGUGGAAUUUUGAACAAUCUUACAUAAUAAUAAUAAUAAUAAUAAUCUCUAGUAUGCAUAUACAACACAUCUAUAUUAUCUAUGUGCAUUCAACAUUACAUAUGGAAAAGAUAACACAAUCAUGUUCACUUCUGUUCUUUGUUUUUUGGUCUCCUGUUUCUUUCCUCCAUCUGAAGUUUGCAAAUGAAAGAAAAAAAAGAAGUCAGUUGAUCAUAUUCAUAGUCAUCGCCUUUCUUGUAUCAGAAGUACCUUGCUUGUUGGGCUUGUUUCCUAGUGUGUAUGUGUAUGUGUGUGCGUGCGCGCGUAUAACUGAUUGUGAUUUACUUUAAAUAUUCAUAAUGAUGAUCGUCUCCACCCCCCCCCCCCACACACACAAUUUCGAUGCAUAGUGCGUUCGUAUUGUUCAUUUUUGUUAAAAGUGGAUAAAAAAAACCUCUACAUUGAAUGAAUUCAGUGUAUUUGGAUUAGUUGCUAUGCCUUGUUGCUUUUUUUUCUCUCUUCAUUUUAUUUCUCCAAUUUUUUUUAAAAAAUUACUUUUCUUCAUUUGUUCUUUUGAUGAUGAAAUAUUUUGAUGAGAUCAUAUUGAUGGCAUAGCUAGAACAAAAGGUAUAUGUGCGCGCGUGCGUGCGUGCGUGCGUACACACACACACAUACAACACACAGGCAGAUAGACAACGAUCUGAUCAUCAUUUUUGACUUAUCUGCCAUUUUUUUCUUAAAGUUAAAAAACAAAAUAAUAACACGGAUAGAAAAGAAGAAACGAAUAAUUUUUCUGUUUAACACCCUUAUCUUAUUUUCUUUCAUUUUCUCAUUUUAUCACCUCAAUCUCAUUGUUGAUCAUAAGUAAUGUUAUAAAAGUACACACACACACACACACUUACCCCUUUCCUUUUUUUUUGUUUCUUCAUCAAAUUGAUGCGUUUCCCUAAUUUUUACACUUAAGUAGUAUUGGUGCUUUCAUCUGAAUUCACUAAAAUUCCAUGUUUGUUUUAUUCAAUGGAUAAUGAAUAAUUCAAGGGGGGUUCAACGAGUGCCUAUUUAUUUUUUAAAAACAAUUUUCCUUCCAAAGGAAUGUUUGAAAGAAGGCAAUCUAAACUACAUUCUCGUUGUUCUUCACAUUUUCUUUCACUUUUGCCUUUUUUUCUUCUCUUUCUCGGUUUAUUUAUUCGUUGGGUUUUCAGUUGUUAGCCUUUACUCUGUGUGUGUGUGUGUGUGUGUGUGCGUGUGUAUGUAUGGUCAUAUUCAUUUCACGCUUUCUUUUGUGUUGUUCUCAUUUAGUUCAGUUCAAUGUUUUUGAUUUGGUUCUCGCUUCUUUUUUGUCUGACUUGUUGUUGUUGUUGUUGUUUCAUUAUCAUAUGUUGUGUUAAAAUGCAAAAUUUCACCUAUCAAUUAGUUGGUUUUGAAUUCUGCUUUACUCCUCUUCAUCACCUUGUCUAACUGAGUAAAAUUAGCAAUAUAAACAACAAGUUAUGUUGUAAUUGAUCUACAGUUGAAAAAAAAAUUGAGAUCAUUUUUGCAUUGUGUAGUGCUUUUUUUUUGUCUUCUUUUGCUUUGCUGCUUCACAAUGAUUUACUCAGUGUUGGUUUUGUGUAUAUGUGUGUGUGUGUGUGUGUGUGUUCAUCGAUGCGAGUAUGUUGACUUUCGCUUAUCACUUUUCAUUCAUUUUGUGAGGAUUUUUGAAGUUUUUUUCUUUCUUGUGGAAGAACUCACAUACACAUCAUAAAGAUAAGCUAACUGUCAUAUUCAUCUACGCAUUCAUCAUGAUGUAGUUGUAAUUGAUGAAUAUAAAUAAUAUAUAAUGCCAUCAUAAUUAUGUUUUUUGUUUUUAUUGAUGAAGAGUUCAAUACUGG